AUCACCCCUUUAAUAACCGUACCAAAACCCCGCGCCUUUUGCAGAAUCUCUCAAGAAAAAACCAGACCCCUUCCUUUUGGUCUUCGGCUUUGUCUUCGUCAGUCAAAAUCAAUUCUCCGCCGUUCCAAUCUUUAUUUUCCGUUCAGUAAAAGAGUUAGCGGUGACGGAGAGUUGCCGGUUUUUGUCUCGGUCUGGUAAACAUGUCGGCGGAUUUGUACUCCGAAAGGCCUUUGUUCGGUGGAGCAAUCUUAACUACAUUUCCUCUUAGGUUUCAGGAUGUUAGCAACAUCAGGCAAGUUCCCGAUCAUCAGGAGGUGUUUGUGGACCCUGCGCGUGAUGAGAGCUUGAUCUUUGAGUUACUGGAUUACAAGCAUGAAGUUGGAGAUGAUGGAAGUGCUGUCUGGUUUCUUCAAGACCUUGCUGUUGAACAAGACGGUGAAGGAUUCACGCUGCUUGAGCAGUCAGCAGCGGUUGAGGCCCCUGGCUUACGUUACAGAAACAUCCCAGCUGUUGUUACAACUGCAGUUGGCCAAAUGAUUUGGAAACUUGAGCUGAGCUCUGGGCUUCAGUACGUGGUUAGAAAACCAUUGGCUGUUUCUAAGGGAAGGCAAGGAAGAGAAGCUCAAAAUAUAAUCAAGGUCUAUCUGGCCAACCUACGUCUUAAGGAAGUUGGGACAGAUGUUCUGAUAACUGCAUAUGAACCCAUCUUUAUACACCCUUUGAGCCAUAGUGCGAGUGCAGUUGGUGCUGGAUUAGCUGUUCCUGCUAUGCAAUCUGGGUUUGUGCCUAUGGUUGAAGUCUUUAAACUAGCUGUUACCAGCUUCAAGGUGAAUGACUGGAGCCUUUUUACUCCUCCUGUUUGAGUUGGGGCUGAAAAUCCUGAUUUUCUGUUGUUCAUGUUUUCCAUGAUACUGUCUUAUGAAAUGGAGGCUACCUGCUUCUAAACCAACAAGAAUGCGAUGGUCGAGGGACUUUAAGCAUGUGUUUGAUUGAAUUGGGUUCUCCUCAGCCGCGCAAAAUGGUUGGUUUGACUGCGGAAUUUGAAGUGGACCAAGUGAGUGUUCAUUUUCAUGACAGCCUUUUAGAGCUUAAAUGUCAGGAUUCACAAUUAUCUUAUAACACAAAAAUAAAAUACUAGAGAAGUGAAAUCUAUUAGAUUGAAUCAAAUAGAAUAAGUUUGUUCCAUCUCAAUGGAAGAAAAAAUGUAAACUAAGCUGACCACCAAGGUUGGUGGUGGGUAAGAUCGACUAAAAUCAACUUAUUCGAUAAAAUUAAAUCAAUUAAGUCGAUUCUAUUCAAUUUAAAAAAUUUUAAUAGAGUGAUUAAAUUACUCGACUUUAAAAUGAAUAAUCAAAUUAUUCUCUUCUGGUGCUUUCUUUCCACUGUCUGAUUGCUAGGAUAGAGUUUAAACCCAUACCUUAAAAACUUUAUAAGAUCCCAAAAGCAUAGCAUGUCGGCACAUAAAACACAAUUCUUGUACACAGAAAGUAGACGAGAGAAUCUUUCACACCCAAAUGAUUCAUUUGCAGAAAGAUGGGAGAUACAGCAAUGUCUUUGAAAGGACUUAUCACAUCGAAAUCCUCAGCCCUCUCUCCAUAUCUAAACAAAUAAUACAACUCUUGUGCCAAGUUUAAUGCUCUAGCAGUGUUUGUUUCUCAUGCAACUGCUUCAUCAAUCAUGCACAUGGAAUUUCAUACAACUGUCUCUUGCACUCUGAAAACUACUCUUAAGCUACCAUUUCCCAAAAAAGAACUUACAAUUCAUUCUCUCUGACUUAUUCCCUAAAUUCACUGGUGGUUUCCAUAUGGCUUUCUAGUCUAUUCAUUUUCAUCUUUGUAGAACUUUUAACAAGAAAAAAGCAAAAACCCAGAAAAUAAGAUAUUAUAAAGUGAUAAAAGAGUCCUUUUCAAGCAAAAAGUUGUUUCAUUUAACCCAUCAGUUAUAGGUAUGCAUGUUCAUCUUUGACCUAUUUUUAACAAGAAAAGAAAGAUAAAAUCAUCUUGGAUUCAAUUUCUAAUAUAGCAUGAUUUGAACGAUAACUUUAUCUUUUAAGACAAUGAUGUUAUUUGGAAUUUACUCGAAAAAAGUUUUUUAGUUAGUAAUUCAAAAAGACAAAAAAAAAAAAAAAGAAAAAAGAAAGAAAAAUGAGUACCUUGAGAAGUCUAGGUAGGGUUGGAAAAUUGUUGAAGAUUCCAUGAAUUAUUCCAUAGUCUAUCACGUGACAAUCAGCUAGUUUGAAAUUAAGAGGUUCAGUGGGGGCCAAUGUAAUUAAUAUUACACACACACAUAUAUAUACAUACAUUGGUUUUUAUCAUAGAUUCAUGUUUUCACACCAAUGUUGAAUUUUCUUUCGGUGGGGGCAAUUCACAUCAAAAUGAUAGCCAAAAUCUAGAAGAUGAUAAUCAAAAUCAUGAUUCAUUGACAAUGACAUAUAGAAAUUUAAAGGUUUCUUUGCAAGCAUCCUUCCAAUAACUGACAAAAAUAUUCUAAAAUCUUUCUUAUCAUUCAUAUAUGCAUAUAAAACUCAUUUUUAUCUUCAUGGAAAUCGAAUAAUGAUCGUACAAAUCGUUUUCACAAGUCAAUAAUUUAACGAACCCCCCCCCCAAGUGUGUGUUGCUACUUUGCGUGUGCGUGUGUGGGUGUGGUUAUUAGGGUUUUGUUAAUGGUAAACUUUUGCUGCUGGGAGCCUUUUCAUGAACAGAAACCUUGUUCAAUCAUCAAAGUGUUCACAUAUAGUACAAAAUGAGAUUUGAAAUGUCCAUGAAAAGUUUUUGGCCUAUAUGUCAUUAAGAAUGUAUACAACGUGUCAUCUGAACAUUUGACUCACUGUUAAGUAUGUGUUUGAUUAAAUAUUAUGCAUGAUCUUUUUUCGUUUGUGUAUUAUGCUUAUAGAAUCAAAUUCAAGCCAUUUAAAUGAAUUAAUAUGCAUGUAUGCUUGUAGUAUUAGUUUUAAGGUAAAUUUCAUCCAUGUAUUUCUAAUUUCUUAUUUUGAUUUCACUUUAAUCUAUAAUCUCUAAACUAAUCUAUUUGGAUUCUUAAUCUUUUAAAGUGAUUUCAUUUUGGUCUUUUCGUUACAUUAGUAUGUUAAUAAUUGAGAAAAAUUUCCAUGUGAAAUAUCAAGAGAAUAAUCAUGUGGUGUUUCACGUGAUUUACAAUGUGAACAUUACAUCAACUUUAAUAGAAUGAUUUGACGAAAUGAUCAAAAUAAAAUCAUUGUUAAAACUUAAAAAUUCAAAUGAAAAAAUUAAGAGAUGAGGGACUAAAAUAAAAUUGGGAUAAAUGAUUACGGAUUAUAGGUGAAAUUUAUCCACAAGACUUCACACUAAGUUAUUUAUGAAAAAUUUAUAAUUAAUAGAAAAAAUAGAUUAUAUAUACAAACUUUUUUUUAAUGGAAACUAAAUAUCAUAAAGACUUCACACUAAGUUAUUUAUGAAAAAUUUAUAAUUAAUAGAAAAAAUAGAUUAUAUAUACAAACUUUUUUUUAAUGGAAACUAAAUAUCAUAAAGACUUCACACUAAGUUAUUUAUGAAAAAUUUAUAAUUAAUAGAAAA